GAGAGAGAGAGAGAGAGAGAGAGAACAGAGGGAGAGAGAAGAAGAAGAAGAAGAAGAAGAGGACUAGAAGAAACUGCGCGAGACGCUGAAAGGAUACGACUAUGCUGUGCUGCAUCAGAAGAACUAAACCGGUUGAGAAGAAUGAAGAGGCCGAUCAGGAGAUCAAGCAGGAUGGAAUCAAACCGGAGGAAAACGCUCACAAGGCGGCCACCAAGAUCCAGGCCAGCUUCCGCGGACACAUCACCCGGAAAAAGAUGAAGGACGGAGAGAAAGAGGAGGAGAACGGAGAAGUGCCGGAGGAGCAGGAGGAGGAGAAACCGACUGACGCCUCCACAGAAACACAGGAGGACCCCAAACCAGAGCAGCCUAACUCCCCAGCAAAUGAAGCCCCGCCCACUGCUGCAGCGGACCCUGCCCCCUCAGACACGCCCGCCAAAGAGGAAGUGAAGGAGCCGCAGCAGGAAGUGGAGAAGCCAAAAGAGGAGGAGCCAAGCUCGGCGGCUGCAGACGAGAAACCUGAAGAAGAAGGCAAUGCACAGAAAGAGGAGAAAGAGGAGGAGAAACCAGCCGACGUGCCUGAAGCUGAGAGCCAGGAGACACACCAAAUAGACAAACCAGACGCUGCUGAGGAAUCCAAACCAGCAGAGGGAGCCGUUUCAGACGCCGGCACAGAGGAGAGUGUUUAACGGAGGACCAGUGCAAUGUAGAAUCCCAGAUGAUCCACAGGCCCGCCGACAGCCUGCUUUAUGUUCGUCCUCUUUUCUGGUGUGGCCUGAUUUCUGCGGUUUGCGGGAGGUUUGGAAGCGUGUGCUGGAGAUCAGGACUCAGACCUCCGUCUUUCUCCAGCGCAGUAAACCUCCUCAUACAUGUGGCUUCUUUUCAUGUCCGUGGUGUUGUUAUGAGCGUUUAAUUGGAGAUAUCGCUGCACUGAUGAUGUUAAAAUCCACAAAAUCCAACAAAAAAGAAAAAGCGCCGGCCUUUCUGUUCCAGUCAGGAGUAAACUCGUGGAAAAUGGUUUCAUGUCUGUUUUCAAAAUAAAGAAAUGUGCCAAU